GAAAAAGAGAGUGCAAUUAAUGGAGAAUCCUAAGAAUUGUUCAAGAACAGGCAAAGAUGUUUCUCUUCAAGAACUAAAGGAACGACUUGCUGAGUUUGCUCAAGUUAGAAGAUGGGAUCAACACCACAGUCCCAGGAAUCUUCUUCUAGCACUGGUGGGAGAGGUAGGGGAGCUAUCAGAGAUUUUUCAGUGGAAAGGAGAGGUUGAAAAAGGUUUACCAAACUGGAGUUGUGAAGAUAAGGAGCAUUUAGAGGAAGAGCUAUCUGAUGUUCUGCUAUACCUUGUUCGUCUCGCGGACGUUUGUGGGUUGGAUCUUGGACAAGCUGCACUCUCUAAGAUAAUCAAAAACUCUAAAAAAUACCCAGUUAACUAAUCUACAAGCCAACCGAGUAGCAGCCUUAAUAUGUUGUUGCCUUCUUUAUAUGUCAAAUAAGAUAUCUGUUUCAGGGUCAUGUAAGCAACCUUGUUCUUCUACAUUGCUUAUGCAAGCAGAUUAUGAAUGAAGCGAUAAUCUCGUCCGAGAACUUCGGCAUACA